AUAAUUAUAAUUAAUUAAAAAAAAAGGGAAAGGAUAAAAACCAAUUAAAUGAUGAUUUUAAUCUUGCAAAUAAUGUGAUAGUUUAAAUGUAGAUGAGCAGUCUUAUUUCAAGUAUCUCGGUAAAUUUCUACAGCGUCUUUUACAUCAUCAAAUUGUCGUUAUAAAGUUUAUUUUAUCAUAGAAUUUGUUUUAUAAUAUAAUUAGCCUGGAUUUCGGCUUGAGUAAUCCAUUUCUGGCCACCACAACUGACACGCGACACUUUUUUCAAUUAAUUUUCUAUGUAGAGUUGUAGAGGAGGCGAUUUAAAAAAUGCAAGAACAGGAAAGAAAGUACCAUGAAUAUCAUCAGCAAAUGUAUAUCUCGCAACCGGAUUAUUUGGUGUCUCCUGUUUAUAAUCAGCACGAAAUAGGUCAUUCAAGGGUUGCGUGGUAACGAGCCAAGCGGCACUGAUUCUAACUCUAGAAUAUCAUUGACACUUGUUCCACAUAGAGAAACAAGUUUUUGAACGGAAGAUUUCGGCAUACAUUUAGAAUUUUAAUACAUCGAUUGUAAGGUGUAACCGAUCAACGUACGAUUAUAAUGCGCACGUCAGCGAUCAAACGUCAGUCCACGUUUGUAAUUUGCCCAAGAAAGAUGCAGAAAGCACGACGCCUCUGUGAGCCUCCGUUUUUCUCUUUAGCAUUAGUGCUUUUAUUAUAUAGUUGGCUCAUCGCGAAUACUAAUACAUAUCCGAUGUCAUUUUACAAUGCUUUCGCAAGCCUUCCGCAGUCAGCAUCAACCAGAGUGACACGGAGGGCCGCUUCUGCAAUACCCAUCAGCUACAGACUCGAUACGUGGUCCCAUUAUGACAAUCCUGAAGAAGGUGCACACCGAGAAGGAGAUAUACGCGAAAUGCUCUCGAGAAAAACGAUUACGAAGGAUAAAAGUCUAUUGUGGCCCGACGGUGUCGUGAGUUACUAUUUUCAUUCGUCCAUAGUUAAUGAGCCGACGAGACUCGCUAUAGUGGAGGAAGCCAUGAAUACUAUAAUGUCGAAAAGUUGCGUUAAGUUCGUGCGCAUUUAUCCUAACAAAGACGGAAGACUCCCGAAGAAUAAUUGGGUUAACAUCACCGGCAAUCAAGACGGUUGUUUUUCCGAUUUGGGGCGUAGUACGCUUGGACCGUCGCAUUUAAAUUUAAAUGUGGACAGGUGCUUGUUUACGACGGGACACGCGCUACACGAGAUAUUACACACUUUAGGUGCAUAUCAUGAGCACAUGAGGCCAGAUCGCGACGAUCACAUCACGAUAAUAUGGGAUAAUAUAAGAAAUGAGGAUGCGUACAAUUUCAAUCUCAUGAAUGAUAGCGUCGUAACCGAUUAUGGAUUGCCGUACGAUUAUGAUAGUAUAAUGCACUAUUCGAUGACGGCAUUUACUAAGGAUAAAACGCUUCCAACAAUAAUUCCUAAGACUCCUAACGUGGAGAUUGGUCAACGAAAUCACUUGUCGUAUUAUGAUAUACAAAAACUGUUGAUUAGUUACAAUUGCAAUGCAUAUAAUAUUAAAAAUGUGGAUAAAAAAGAAGAACAGAAUCUGACAAAAGACAAAAAUGUUACUGAAAGCAAAAAUGUUAUUGAAGCAAACCCACAAGGACCGGUAUUCAAUAUACACAAUACGAUAACAAAUCAAUUAGACGAUCACAAGUGUGUUAAUUCAAAGCCCGUUGAUGAAUCUAAUCAAAUGGCUUUUUUGGAGACUACAUAUCCUAGUCAAUCCAAUCACUCCAUGCCUCUGAGCCCAUUAUUUCCAAAUGUACACUUUUAUUUUCAUUUUGAUAAGAAAUGAUAAAAAAUAAUAAAGUAUGUAUAGUGAAAUAAUAAAAAAAAA